AUGCAGGGCUCCAGCAAUUAUGACCGCGUGUGGAAGGGUCACGAGCAUGGACUUCUGGCUCCCAGAUCUGACCCCAGGAGGUUGGAGGGCGUGGACUCAGCGUUGGGAGUCAAAAUGCUCAAUGUUUCACUGACCGACAUUGCUGUUCACUACUAUGAAGCGCAAACUCUUCUUCGAGAAGCGAUUGACCGCGUGGCAGCUGCCUUCGGAGUAGAGCCAAGCAGAGUUGUUCCCUUGCAGUUGAGGCCAGAUGAGCGCGAGGCAACUGCAUGCGCAGUGUGGACCUUCACGAUCCGCGGAAUCCCCUCUUACGAUCUAUUGGGACACAUGAGGGAAAUGUUCAAGCAGUCUAGUGAUGCGUUCGGCGAGUGGCGCUUUGGGAGUAGAAAGGUUCUCCUCGAGCCUUUCUCAUUUGGUCUGGUAGGAGUGGCUGACGGGAUACCGUCGAGCUCGUUGAGUGACCUAAUGGCAGUGUGGCAGAGGCCAGGAGUUGAUGCGGACUGGAGGCAUGACGCAGAGCUCUGGCUGAAACUUCGUGAUUUUGAGUGGGUGAAAUCGCUGAAGGAUAACUCAUCGGAAUUUGAAGACCGACUGUUGAAGCUACGUAAUACAGUCGCAUCAAUUUUUGAAGUGCGAAAUCCCAGGGCUCUCCAGGUGGCCAAGCUUUCCACAGCAUCUGAUGGAACAAUAAUUCAACUGACGUAA